AAUGGAGGAGCUUCAGGGGCAGCAAGGGACAAUAAUCGAGGGCAAGCCCAGGAAGGUGAGGUUCAAGCUGGCCUCGUCGUACAGCGGUCGGGUGCUGAAACAUGUUUACGAAGAUGGACAAGAGCUGGAGAGUCCAGAGGAGCAAUAUCCGCACAGCUUCAUCCACACCAAGAUGGAGAUGGGACAGCUGUGUGGUUUAGAAGACAUACAGGACCAGAGUUUCUACCCUCCAACAGGACUGAUUGCCCAGAGAAUAAAUGUCUAUCGAGGAGUGGGGGCAUGCAGGACCCUGGCCUGUGAAGAUCUACCUGAAGGGGAUAACAAAGAUCCAGUAUUAGAUUUUGGAAAGAUCAUUAUCUACACAAGCAAUCUGAAGAUUAUUCGGGCUCCACACAGAAGAAGGGAAUCUGGAAGAAGCCCUAAUCGCAGUCGGGACAGGAAAGAGAAAUCACCAGGACGAGAAUCCCGGAGCAAAGGAAAACACAGAACAGCAUGUACCCAUACAGAGGAACCAGAAGCAAUACAAAAGCAGGAAGCAGUCUUCUGUGAACAAUGUGGAGGUUCUGGUUCUGCGCCCUGCUCACUCUGUCAUGGCAGCAAACUGUCCAUGUUAGCCAACCGCUUCAAUGAAUCAAUCAGAGAGUUGCGCUGUCCCGCAUGUAACCCCCAUGGCCUGGAGCGAUGCCAGUCCUGCAUCCAUUAA